AUGACAAUGAAUUUAAAUAGUACGAUAAUACCAACAUCAAUAAAACAUAGAAUUGAUCAAAGUAAAAAUGUAAUACAUGAUGCUUUUGCACGACUGGAUCGAGGUACAUUAAUGCGUGGUACUAUUGUAGUUGUUGCUAUUACUUGUAUUAUUUUAAUGUAUGUCGGUUUAAAGUCAUUUCUUUUACGCAAAAAACGUCAACCAAAAAGGUACACAUUAAUUACUGAUCCAAGUUCCAUGGAAGAGCCGCUCUUCGAUGCUAAUGAUGAUGAUGAAGAAGAAAUCGAAGAUGAUACAUUGUUUGUACGCAAAUAA